GCUCUUAGCUUGAGAAAAAUUAAUUUCAUUCUCUAAAGAACCAAGCAUGGGAAACUGCAUUUCCCAUACUAGAAAUUCUACCGCUUUGAGAAGGAGACGACAUGGAAUUCAUCAAAAGGGAGUGAUACCCAAAGAUUUAUUUAAAGCGAUAUCGUUGAAAGAUAAGCUGUCGGGGAGUGUAAAUAUCGACAAUAUUAUUUCCAACUCCAGUGGGGGAAAGAUUGAAGAAAAAUAUAAAUUCGGAAGAGAAUUAGGGCGUGGUGAAUUCGGGAUCACAUAUGAAAUAGUUGAAAAAGAGACAGGAGAACGAUAUGCUUGCAAAAUGAUUACAAAGGAAAAGUUGAAAACAGAGGUGGAUGUGGAUGAUGUGAAGAGGGAGGUGGAAAUUAUGAGGCAUUUGCCAAAGCAUCCGAAUAUUGUUAGCUUCAAGGAGGCAUUUGAGGAUAAAGAGGCUUGUUAUUUGGUUAUGGAGCUGUGUGAAGGCGGCGAGCUUUUCGAUCGAAUUGUUUCAAAGGGACAUUAUACUGAACGUGCUGCUGCUAAAACUGCAAAGACAAUUUUGGAGGUUGUCAAGGUAUGCAAUGAUAAUGGAGUAAUACAUCGGGACUUAAAACCGGAGAACUUUUUGUUUGCAGAUGCAAGUGAAAACUCCCAACUAAAGGCAAUUGAUUUUGGCCUCUCCAUAUUUUUUGAACCAAAUGAACGCUUCUGUGAAAUUGUUGGCAGCCCCUAUUACAUGGCACCAGAGGUCCUCAAGCGGAGCUACGGACCAGAAAUUGAUUUGUGGAGUGCUGGUGUAAUAAUUUAUAUCUUGCUUUGUGGAGUUCCUCCAUUUUGGGCAGAAACUGAAGAGGGAAUAGCGCAUGCAAUAAUUAAAGGGAAGCUAGAUUUUGAGAGGGAUCCAUGGCCAAAGAUUUCUCAAGAAGCAAAAGAAUUAGUGAGGAGCAUGCUUGAUCCGAAUCCUUACAAUCGCGUAACAAUUCAAGAAGUGCUUGAACACCCCUGGAUACAAAAUGAGAACCAUGCUCCUAAUAUUUCCCUGGGAGAAAAUGUGGCAGCAAGGAUCAAGAAUUUCUCCUUGAUGAAUAAGUUCAAGAAGAAAGUUUUAAGAGUAGUGGCAGACAACUUGCCAAAUGAACAAUUAGCAGCACUAAAGAAGAUGUUUGAUAUGAUGGACACGGACAACACCGGAGACUUGUCUUUCGAUGAGCUCAAAGAUGGUCUCGAUAUGAUCGGCCAUAAAGUUUCUGAACCAGAUGUCAAAAUGUUAAUGGAAGCCGCGGAUAUUGAUGGAGAUGGGUACCUAAGCUGUGAUGAGUUUUUGACAAUGUCAGUUCACCUGAAAAAAAUGGGCAAUGAUGAGGAUCUGUCUCAGGCAUUCAAUUACUUUGAUAAAAAUCAAAGUGGGUAUAUUGAAUUUGAUGAAUUGAAAGAAGCAUUGCUUGAAGAUAAUCUUGGUCCCAACAAGGAACAGAUUAUUCACGAAAUUUUGUUUGAUGUUGAUUUAGAUAAGGAUGGUCGAGUAAGUUAUGAAGAGUUCAAGGCAAUGAUGAAAUCCGGGACAGACUGGAAGAUGGCUUCAAGGCAAUAUUCCAGGGUAUUCCUAAACGCAUUGAGCAUCAAAUUAUUCAAAGAUAAAUCAAUGGAAUUACUCAAGACUCCAAAGAUACAAGCUGCUGCUGCCGGUAAUUUGUAGACAACCCAUCUUGUAAUUGCAUUUGCAGCAUCCAUUUCUUUCUGUAUAAUAAUUCAGUACAGAAUCAACACCAUUUUCUCUAUUGCAAAUUAUGCAACAACCAAUAAAUUCCUAUAAUUCAAACAUCUAA